AUGUAUAAUCAAUCUACCUCUCUUUAUCUCACUGAAAACAUUAAUAAAAAAACGAAUUUGUUUAUUUAUGACACUGAAAGAGAAGCACAAAAUGUGGAAAUUUUGGAUACUCCAGAGCCAUUAGAUGCUGACACAUGCAUAGCUAGACUGCCAUAUAACAGCUUAUUCUUUUAUGGCAAGCAGUUUCGACUUUCUGGCAUUACAUUGGUAUUAGAUGAGUUUAAAAGAGUUCAAUUAAUGCCUUCAGGAACACCUUGUUAUUAUUCUUCAGCUCUUUAUUUUGACAGAAGUGUCUUUUGUUUCGGAGGAUCAAAUGGUAACCAUUUGGCUUUAUCAGAGAGAUUUGACUUUAAUCAAAAUUGCUGAAUUAAAUUAGCUGCCCUGCCAAAAGCUGAUUUUAAAUGCCACUGCAUUAUACUUAAUGGCAACAUUUUAAUUGCUGGGUACAUUAGCAGCUAUAUUUUGCGGUAUUCCAUUGAAGAUAACGAUUUUACGAGAAUUAAUUAUAGAUUUUCAGAUAGUGAAGAAAGUAAUAAGAGAAAGAUUUUGAUAUAUGAAGAGAGAUUGUAUUUAAUUGAAUUUGAUGGCUGGAUAUAUGAAAGCAAUCCUAGAGACGAAAAUAGUUGGAGAAAAAUAUGUAAUACAGUUACCAGAGAUAAUCCAAGCCGGGUCUAUUGGUCAUACAAUAAAGGAGCAAUAUAUAUAGGAUGCAGGCUUAAAAAUGACUAUUACAAGUUUAAAUUAAGUGAAAAAGUGAUGAUUCAGCUUGAUAAAAAAUAA